GUGUAGCCUUGCGUCCCUGCUCACUAUCGCCCUCCAUGGUAAACUGGAGUACUACACCAGCAUUAUGAAGGAUCUGCUGGUGGAUCUGAUCGAUGCCUCGGCCGCCAAGAACCCCAAGCUGAUGCUGCGACGCACAGAGUCUGUUGUGGAGAAGAUGCUCACCAACUGGAUGUCCAUCUGCAUGUACAGCUACCUCAAGGUGAGGGAGGGUGGGAGGGAGGGAGGGAGGGAGACAAAAUUGUGAAAAGAGAGGGAGUGAGACAAUAGAACGUAAUGUAAUGACAAUAGAACGAGACUACCCUCAAACAUUUUUGUAUCCAGUCAUGAGUAUUCACUGUCCAGUUUGUUGCAGUCUAGGCCUUUACUGACGAACAGUCUCAACGUUUAUGUUACGUUAUCAACGUGUUACUGUGAUGUUUUCUGCAGGAGACAGUGGGCGAGCCAUUCUUCCUGCUGCUUUGUGCCAUCAGGCAGCAGAUCAACAAGGGUUCUAUAGACGCCAUCACAGGGAAGGCCCGGUACACACUGAACGAGGAGUGGCUGCUCAGAGAGAAUGUUGAGGCCAAGCCACAGGUCAGUCACUACACAACAACACAGGUCAUAUACUGACCACUGAUUGGUUCACCUCCUUGUUAUGUGCUUGUAUCAUAUGUCUAUCGUAUGAUACAGUUUAUAAUAUCUCAGCUAUGUGUAGCUUAAUCAAUCAACAGGAAUAAUCAACCAGCUAAAUCAAUCAACAGGAAUAAUCAACCAGCUUAAUCAAUCAACAGGAAUAAUCAACCAGCUAAAUCAAUCAACAGGAAUAAUCAAACAGCUUAAUCAAUCAACAGGAAUAAUCAACCAUCUGAAGUAAAAGAAGGUGACAUUGUGACAUUCACUGCCUCUCUCUCUCUGUGUCCAGAACAUCAAUGUGUCGUUCCAGGGAUGUGGUAUGGACUCUCUGGUCGUGAAGGUGGUGAACACAGACACCAUCUGUCAGGUGAAGGAGAAGAUUCUAGAAGCCUUCUAUAAGAACCUGCCCUUCUCCCAGUGGCCCCGGGCAGAGGACGUAGACCUGGGUGAGAAAAGUGACUUUUAUUUGUCCUUUCUUAGGGAACCAGUCAACUCCCCAAUUGUGGAAGUAAUGCCAUGCAAAAGAGGCUAUAUGACCAAUUAUUACUUUGUAGCUCAACUAACAUCAAAUCAAAUUGUAUUCAUCACAUACACAGUUUACAGCAGGUAUAAAAGGUGCAGUGAAAUACUUAUGCGCUAGCUCCCUCAACAUUGCAGUACAAUAUCAAUAUCAAAAGUCAAUCAAAAAUGACAAGUAAUUACAGUGCCUUGCAAAAGUAUUCAUCCCCCUUGGUGUUUUAAUUCCAGGUUGUAAGGCAACAAAAUAGGAAAAAUGCCAAGGGGGGUGAAUACUUUUGCAAGCCACUGUAGAGGAAGGUGGUAAUAACCUGUAUUUACAAACAUAAAGUGUCUUGGUCAUGCAGUUAAAUAAAUAGUAUAUAAUAGAACAGCAUUGUUACGUGUGUGUGUGUGUGUGUGUGUGUGUGUGUGUGUGUGUGUGUGUGUGUGUGUGUGUGUGUGUGUGUGUGUGUGUGUGUGUGUGUGUGUGUGUGUGUGUGUGUGUGUGUGUGUGUGUGUGUGUGAGUCUGUGAGCAUGUGUGUACUUGUGGUUGUGUGUUUGUGUGUAAGGGUUGGAUGUGUGGAGAGUCAGUGCAAUAGUCUCUAAGAUGCAGAUAGUCUCUGAGGUGAAAAUAGUCUCUACGGUGCAGGUCUGUGCAGGGAAACAGCUAAGGUUAGCUGUUCAGCAGUCUGGUGGCCUGGUGGUAGAAGCUGUCUCCGAGACCGAGACCUGAUGCUCUGAUACCAUUUGCCAAAUGGUAACAGAGUGAACGGUCCCUGGCUCGGGUGACUGCAGUCCUUGACAUGGAGCUAGUACAAUAGAUGGCUAAAUGCAUAUAAACAUUCAUUACAUUGAUUGCCUCUCUCUCCUCCUCUCCUGCAGAGUGGUUUGCUUCUGGUAGUAACAGCAGGAUCCUCCAGGACCUGGAUAACACCUCUGUGAUGGAGGAUGGCAGGACAAAACUCAACACAGUCACACAUUACCAGGCAAGGCUCUGCUCCCACCACACACACACCAUAUGCUCUCACCUGUGUGUGUGUGUGUGUGUGCACGUGCGCAUGUGCGUGUGUGUGUUUCUGUCACCCCCUGUGUGUGUGUGGUUUUCCCUGACAUUGUCACACUCACAGUAAGGCUGAGAGUGAAAUAGGUGAGGGUGAGAAGUCACUGUAAAUGUUGACAUCUUGACUGCCCAAGGGGUACCACAUUCUAUUUAUGUGUGGGUGACUGUGUGCAGUGUGUUUGUCUGUCUGAUCAUACACAUGCAGUGUGUAAUUGUCUGUGGGUAUCUGUGUGUCUUUGCACUUUCUAGUGUCUUGGUAUGUUUGGUAUGUGUCAGAGUAUUUCAGUGUGCCUGAGUGUAUGUGUGUGUGUAAACAGCUGGGCAGUGACCCCUAACCUUUGCCCUGUUACCUGUACUGUUAAGUGCUUCAUUUAGUCAGUGCUGGGAAGGCAGCGAGCUGUGAAGGCAAUGAGGCACAGCAUGUACUAACAGUCUCAGUUCACUGGCAAUGCUGUUCAAUCCAUUUCACUGUGUGUUGACUUUAAUGAGCCACCCCCCCCCCCCCCCCCCCCCCCCCCCCCCAGAAAAAAAAAACACAUACACACAUACAAACACUCAAAUUCUCUCUCUCACACACACUCAAACUCUCUCUCUCUCACACACACACACACACACACACACACACACACACACCCUGAGGCAGCGGUUAAUGAUCCAGUUCUUGUGCCCCACCUCUCUCACCCCUGACCCUGUAACCUCUGACCCCACCCACAGAUCCCAGAGGGGGCGUCGUUCGCCAUGAGCAUGAAAGACAAGAGAGACAACACCCUGGGGAGAGGUAGGUCACACACACACACUCUGUCACCUUGUCACACACUCCUACAUGCUUAGAAAAACAUACACACUUACUUUAUUAAGUUAAAACCACAUACACUAAUUUCAUCUUGAGCACAUUAGACACAUAUACACACACCAAACCACAGACAUACAUUAAUUUCCAGCCACAAACAUGCUGUAGCCACAUAAACACACUCUCACUUAAUCAAUCACACACACAUACACAAUACUCACAAGCAUGUACACACACACACUGACACACACAGUCAAUUUAGACCUUUCAACAGCAUGGUUGAUGUUCAGUAUCCAUAAGCAUGAACAGAUGAUUCCUCUGCUGGGCCGCCAACGUUCCGGUUCAGUUUGAGAGGGUCUGCUAACCUCAUCCAGAACAGGACUUCUGUUCUGACAGACCGCUCUGUCCAUCCCAAUGAUUAGGGCCUCUCCUCUCAUUCAUACUGGGCCAGAGACAGGGUAAAGUAGUCCAAACCGGGCCAGCAGCUCAAAGGCCAGGCCUAAUGGGUGUGUAGUCCACCUUGGCUAAUGUAAAACACCUUUCCCCCUCUCUGUGAUUAGCUAAGAGGGUCUGGACUGGGGCCGGGGCCUAAACCGGCCUGUCUGCCAAGACUAGGCCUGGAGUAAUGAGAGCACAGUCACUAUUGGGCUGUUUGUUGGCGUGUGUUUGUGUGUGCGUGUGCAUGUGUGUAAACCAGGGAGAGAGUGAACCUCUGGCCUGACUAUGUGUGAGCAUUACAAACUCAUUACACUGGCUCCAGCACCAAUCACAGACUCUAUGUCUGCCUCUCUCUGUUUCUUUUCAGCUUUUCUCUCUCUCAUUCUUUCACUCAUAAUCUUUCUUUUUUUCACUCGCUCUCUAAUUACACUCUCUUUGAUUUCCAGAAACCUCUGUCUCUCUUCAUAAGCUCUUCCUUUUCUCUAUCUAUUACACGCCCCCUCCUCCGAUCUUCUUUCAUUCUCUCUCUCUCUCUCUCCUCUCCUUCUCUCAUUGUUUUGUUCUUUUCUCUCCCUCUGCAGUGAAAGACUUGGACACAGAGAAAUAUGUCCAUUUGGUAAGUACACACACAAGCACACACACACACACACGGACAGAGAGCUUUCUCAUUCACCUCUAUUAACCCCAUUCCCUCUGUCAUCAGCACCAUUGGUCUCAGAAAGAGCUCAGUUGAAUGCAGACAGACACAGGGAUAGCCUGAGCAAUAAAUCACUAACUACACACUUUCAUAAGAGUGUGUGUGAGCGCAUGCAUGUAGGAAAGCUGGAGCAAGAACAAGACAGCACUAAUACCACGUAAGCUAUUGAAAAAACUCAGACUCAGAUAUGAUAACUUUCGGUUCGACACAAUGAGUUAUCUGGCAUACAUUUCACUGAGAGAAUAGCUUUAGUCAUUUUUUGUGAGCAGGUUUUUGUUGUUGUAGCACUUCAUAUUAUGGUGUGCUGGCCUGGAGCUUGUUGACAGGCUCAGUAGAGUGAAACCAACAGUUUCUUCUCCACCUCCACACCCCUGUCCUGUAGGAGCAUGUUAGACACCUCAUACUGGUUUACUCUACUGCAAUCAGAGAAACUUCCAAAAUGUCCCAACUUGCAGCAUUUCAUAAAGUGACAUCAUGUUAGUCAGACCUCAUAAAUCCCCACUGUAGUUCCUGGGUUGUGUUCAGUACUUAGAAGUGAGUGAAAACAUUUUGAAAUGGUAGAGGUAUUAACUGAAACUUUCAUACAAGAACACUUGUUUUCUUUUCAUCUCCCUGUCAAAUGUUAGUCACACCUCCGUAGUAGAUUCCCAUUUAGAUUUAGGUUAAAUCCCCACCAUGCUGAUUGGAUGUUUUUGUACCCUGACCUCUAACCUCUGCCCCUCCAGGUCUUGCCUCAUGAUGAGCCGUUUGAAAAUAAGAAGUCCCACAGACAGAGUCAUCGUAAGAAGGUCCUUCCUGAGAUCUACCUAACCCGCCUCCUCUCCACCAAGGUAAGCACACAACCCACAGUGUGGUAGCCAUCUUGAAUGAGCCACAGUCUACAACCAGAACAGUGACAGAAAGCAGUGCCAGCCUCGCCUGGAUGCCCAUCUGUUACUGCUUCAGCUAGCCAACUGCUUAUCAUGUCCAAUUGUGAGCAUACUUAGAGAGAUGGAAACCCACACAGAUCCACAACUGAGGCUUAAAUACAUAAAUAUAAGUUAUGUAUUAGAUCAUCAUCAUGAUGCCCAAAAGAGUACGAUUGUGAUCCUAAACAGUUUGGCAUGACAGUCAUAAUUCAAGUAGUAGACUAAAGCGGAGGCAUCAUUCCAUCAUCAUAGACAAUCAAUCCAUCAUCAGUUCUAUUUACAGUGACAUCAUCCCGGAAUUUCAAACAAUCCAUUUUGAUUCCAAUUCUGGUUCCGUGUCUGAUCCCAUCUGUGUUGUGGUUCCGUAGGGAACGCUGCAGAAGUUCCUAGACGACCUGUUCCAGGCCAUCCUCAGUAUUCCUGCAGAGCGUCCGCCACUGGCCAUCAAAUACUUCUUUGACUUCCUGGAGGAGCAGGCGGACAAGAGGGGCAUCACCGACCCCGACACCCUGCACAUCUGGAAGACGAACUGGUAGCUAGGGGAACUAGAUACAUCUAAUCAUCUACUCAUCAAUGUAGCAUGAUGCAGUACAGUAUCCAUAAUGCAAGAUGUUCCUGAAGCUUACAUAAUGUUGUCUCGUCUCUUUAGUUUACCUCUGCGUUUCUGGGUGAACAUCCUGAAGAACCCUCAGUUUGUGUUUGACAUUGAAAAGACGGACCACAUGGACGCCUGUCUGUCUGUCAUCGCCCAGGCCUUCAUAGACGCCUGCUCUGUUUCAGACCUGCAGCUGGGCAAGGUGAGACACACACACAUUACACAGUGAGGGAAAAAAGUAUUUGAUCCCCUGCUGAUUUUGUACGUUUGCCCACUGACAAAGAAAUGAUCAGUCUAUAAUUGUAAUGGUAGGUUUAUUUGAACAGUGAGAGACAGAAUAACAACAAAAAAAUCCAGAAAAACGCAUGUCAAAAAUGUUAUAAAUUUAUUUGCAUUUUAAUGAGGGAAAUAAGUAUUUGACCCCCUCUCAAUCAGAAAGAUUUCUGGCUCUCAGGUGUCUUUUAUACAGGUAACGAGCUGAGAUUAGGAGCACACUCUUAAAGGGAGUGCUCCUAAUCUCAGUUUGUUACCUGUAUAAAAGACACCUGUCCACAGAAGCAAUCAAUCAAUCAGAUUCCAAACUCUCCACCAUGGCCAAGACCAAAGAGCUCUCCAAGGAUGUCAGGGACAAGAUUGUAGACCUACACAAGGCUGGAAUGGGCUACAAGACCAUCGCCAAGCAGCUUGGUGAGAAGGUGACAACAGUUGGUGCGAUUAUUCGCAAAUGGAAGAAACACAAAAGAACUGUCAAUCUCCCUCGGCCUGGGGCUCCAUGCAAGAUCUCACCUCGUGGAGUUGCAAUGAUCAUGAGAACGGUGAGGAAUCAGCCCAGAACUACACAGGAGGAUCUUGUCAAUGAUCUCAAGGCAGCUGGGACCAUAGUCACCAAGAAAACAAUUGGUAACACACUACGCUGUGAAGGACUGAAAUUCUGCAGCGCCCGCAAGGUCCCCCUGCUCAAGAAAGCACAUAUACAGGCCCGUCUGAAGUUUGCCAAUGAACAUCUGAAUGAUUCAGAGGAGAACUGGGUGAAAGUGUUGUGGUCAGAUGAGACCAAAAUUUAGCUCUUUGGCAUCAACUCAACUCGCCGUGUUUGGAGGAGGAGGAAUGCUGCCUAUGACCCCAAGAACACCAUCCCCACCAUCAAACAUGGAGGUGGAAACAUUAUGCUUUGGGGAUGUUUUUCUGCUAAGGGGACAGGACAACUUCACCGCAUCAAAGGGACGAUGGACGGGGCCAUGUACCGUCAAAUCUUGGGUGAGAACCUCCUUCCCUCAGCCAGGGCAUUGAAAAUGGGUCGUGGAUGGGUAUUCCAGCAUGACAAUGACGCAAAACACACGGCCAAGGCAACAAAGGAGUGGCUCAAGAAGAAGCACAUUAAGGUCCUGAAGUGGCCUAGCCAGUCUCCAGACCUUAAUCCCAUAGAAAAUCUGUGGAGGGAGCUGAAGGUUUGAGUUGCCAAACGUCAGCCUUGAAACCUUAAUGACUUGGAGAAGAUCUGCAAAGAGGAGUGGUACAAAAUCCCUCCUGAGAUGUGUGCAAACCUGGUGGCCAACUACAAGAAACGUCUGACCUCUGAUUGCCAACAAGGGUUUUGCCACCAAGUACUAAGUCAUGUUUUGCAGAGGGGUCAAGUAUUUAUUUACCUUAUUAGAAUGCAAAUCAAUUCAUAACAUUUUUGACAUGCGUUUUUCCAAGUCCAAAACUAAUUCAUGGUAACGCACAGUAUUAAACAGAGCCAUGAUCGCAUGGAACUCCCUUCCAUCUCCAACUACUCAAGCAAACAGCAAAAUUACCUAUUGUGUAAUUUCACAAUAGGAACUGUGAAAUGACACACUUGCAGACACACUCUAACACACUCUAUCACACUCUGUCACACUCUAACACACACAAUCUACACACACAUUAUUCUUUAGUUGUAUUGUUCAUAUAUCGUUGUAUAAAAAAUUUGUGUGACUGUUCUUGUUUGUCAGUGUAUCCGUGUUUUGUUACUUGUCAAGUUUUUGUGUGGACCCCAGAUAGAAUAGUGGCUGUUUCAGCAAACCAAACAUACAGUAUACAGAAUUUACACCUACACUUAAACACACACGUACACGCACACACACACACACACACACACACACUUUCCCAAAAUGACCCUCACUGUCAUCACCUAUCUCCGCAUUCCUCACCAGUCCCUGCCAACCCCCUUCCCCUCCUCUCUCCAGUCAGUCUGUCUACCUCUCUUCAUGAUAUUUCAGCCCAGUCUGCUCAGCCAAGGUCAUGGGCACCAGGAAUUCACUCUUCAAAGUGUGUGUGUGUGUGUUUCAGUGUCCUCACUCCCCACAAACAGUCUCAUCCUUCAGAAGCUGUGACCCCUAGCAUACACUCUGCUUCCUGUCUCUUUGACUGACGUCCUCUCCAGAGAUACUUUCAAAUAAUGCUGCUCUUUCAGAUGAAACCAAAGCAUUCUGAUUUAUUCCACUUGUUCAUUGCCAGAAAGCUAUUGCACACACCUCAAACAUGUAAUAUACAGAAACACACACACCAUGGCACUGUAAAACAUCCAGAUGCUCAUCCUGUUAUUGGGAAGACCUGGUGUCCUCAGCUGUGCUGUCUGUGUAUAUAUGUUUUCUGUUCUUUAGAUAGGACAGAAAGGUAUUAGACUGUCUGAGUGGAGACAGGUGUUAAGGUGUUGCUAAACUUUUUUCUCUACUUGAGUGGUCAGCAUAGGAAGAGCAGGGCAGCAAAGGACUGGAUUAACCAUUGUGUGUGUGUGUGUUGGUCAGGGGACAGGACAGGUCAGUAAGGGAUCUGGAUUAGCCGUUGCUCUGCAUGGUUGAGAGAAGGCUCGUAAACUGAGCUUUUUCCACAGAAACCUUAUCUGGUGGCGGGGGGGGGGGGGGGUUAGGGGUCACAGGGGGUCACCAGGCAGAUGGAGGAACCACAGGAAAUGACCUUGCGGACAGGAAGAGAGGGAUCCCUAUCAGGAGGAGGGACAGUGGCUUCCUAGGCGCGAUACCACACACACACACACACACACACACACACACACACACACACACACACACACACACACUCGCAAAUGCAUAGAUGUCUGAAUGCUCAACCUAAUACCUUACAAGUGAACCUUUCUUAGUGAUUGAAUAAUGCUUUCAGUACCAUUGUAAAUGCUGUCAGUAGCAGAUGUAAGUAAAAUGAUGGAUUGUUAUGUCUGGCCUGGUUCUCUGUGGCUGUGGAUAUGGAUUGUUAUGUCUGGCCUGGUUCUCUAUGGCUGUGGACAUGGUUUGUUAUGUCUGGCCUGGUUCUCUGUGGCUGAGGACAUGGUUUGUUAUGUCUGGCCUGGUUCUCUGUGGCUGAGGACAUGGUUUGUUAUGUCUUCCAAUUGGCUCAUUCAUUGCCUCCUCUCCCUUGUAAGUAUUCCCCAGGUCUUUGCUGUAAAUGAGAAUGUGUUCUCAGUCAACUUACUUGGUAAAAUAAGGGUAAAAUAAAUUUACAAAAUUGUCUGGCCUGGUUUUCUGUGGAUAUGGUUUGUUAUGUCUGGCCUGGUUGUUUAACUUUCCUAUUGUGAGGAGAGGAAACACUGGGCCCUCUUUCAUUGUCUCAGCACAGGGAGGUGCUGACCUACCACACGCUGAUAACACCAACCACUCGCUGUGACCAUGGACCAUACACCAACUGUAGAUUUUUAGGUAUUUUAUUAGGAUCCCCAUUAGCUGUUGCAAAAGCAGCAGCUACUCUUCCUGGGGUCCACACAAAACAUGAAACAUGACAUAAUACAGAACAUUAAUAGACAAGAAUAGCUCAAGGCUUGAACUACAUCAAUUAUAAAAAGGCACACGUAGCCAAUAUAUCAAUAGAUACACACAAAUUAUCUAGGUCAAAUAGGGGAGAGGCGUUGUGCCGUGAGGUGUUGCUUUAUAGUUUUUUUCCAUGCAAUAUUGCCUCUAUAUAAUACUGUAUGCUUUCUUGUAUUUGUGGACUGUGAAAAGACCCCUGCAGGACUUGCUUUUUGGAGUGUGGUGUCAAAAAGGCAGAGUAUUUCUUUAUUACGGACAGACCUCUUCCCAUCUUUACAACCAUUGAAUCUAUAUUUUUGACCAUGACUGUUUACAAUCUAAGGUAACACCAAGUAAUUUAGUCUCCUCAACUUUUUCAACAGCCACACCAUUCAUUACCAGAUUCAGCUGAGGUGUAUAACUUAGGGAAUGUUUUGUACCAAAUACAAUGCUCUUAGUUUUAGAGAUGUUCAGGACCAGUUUAUUAAAACAGACUGCAACUCUUUUUUUAAAGGUUUCAGUGACUUCAUUAGCUGUGGUUGCUGAUGCAUAUAUGGUUGAAUCAUCAGCAUACAUGGACACACAUGCUUUGUUUAAUGCCAGUGGCAGGUCAUUGAUAAAAAUAGAAAAGAGUAGAGGGCCUAGAGAGCUGCCAUGCGGUACACCACACUUUACAUGUUUGACAUUAGAGAAGCUUCCAUAGACCAACCACACUAUUACCACAGAACAUGCUGCCCACAGUCAUGUUAACAACUCAAUGACCAUCGACCACCCUCACCAUACACUGGUGCUAGACUGGACCACUGAGCUAUAAAAGAACUAGACAGCGUCUAAGAUGGUCGACCGUUGUUUUCAAUGUAUUCUACUCACGUUCGCAUACACAGAUUCAUAGACCGUCUAUAUCCGGGUUGCAUCCGGUUUACUCUGCCCAACUGACAAAUGCACUAGCACUCAGUGUGCACAGGGAGCAGCACGAGCAGCGACGAAAUCCCAAAACAUGACAGACAUUGGAUGAAUAUAUAAUUGUAAUAGCUUCGGCUGGAUGUUUUGUACUCAAAGGUGAUGACUAAAUGGUCUUAUUAGGAAUUUUGAAAUCUCACUUCUCUAUGAGGCCCUCUAUGGGAAUAAAUUGUCUUUCUGGGCCGGACAUCAGUUAAACUGCAGUACCGAAGCAAGUCUGUAGGUGCAGUCGAAAGCGUGCUUCUAGACUGGAACCCUGGCCCCUUGGACUGGACUUCGCACAGUCAUACUGAAAACAAUCUGACAGCCAUACACAGGUAGUGCUUAUAAACUAUUCACUGACCAUACACAGGUGUGGUCAGGAGAGUGGUAAAUGUGGUUUGGUUGAGCACUAAAGGAACCAGUUCAAUGGAGGUUACUUUGACUAAAGAGGACUUCUUCUCUGGUUUCAGGACUCUCCCACCAACAAGCUGCUGUAUGCCAAGGAGAUCCCAGAGUACAAGAAGAGGGUACAGUGCUACUACAAACAGAUCCAUGAGAUGGCGCCCUUGAGUGAGCAGGAGAUGAACGCCCACUUGGCCGAGGAGUCAUGGGUGAGAGAGGGGUGGCAGAUCAAUAAAAUGAUGAAUUAAUUGAUUGAUAGAUGUAAUGUGUUAGCCUUGGUGGUGGACUGUCUCUGCAUUUAACCAUGCUACACCACUGAAUCUAUAUAUCUGUCUAUUGCUUUUUCAUGAAGUUUGACAGAUUUAUAUUGUAACGAAACGCUCACACUGUUUUCCGUUUCACAGAAAUACAGAAAUGAGUUCAACACCAACCUGGCCUUGACGGAGAUCUACAAAUACGCCAAGAAAUACAGGACCCAGGUAAGAUCCCCUAUCGCGCCCACGGAUGAGCUGUUUGACACUUCUUUAAACUGGCCCUAUCUCAGAGAUAGAUAUAGCGAGAAGCAUAUAGAGGAGAAGAGAGAUAGAGAGCUGAGAGAGAGACAGAUACGAGAGAGAAAGCGAGAGAGAUAGAGAGAGAGAGAGAGAGAGCUAAGAGAGAUACUGGAGAGGCCGACGCUCGAUCUACUCGAUGCUCUCUCGCUCUCUUAUCCUCGUCUUUCGACUGCUCGCUCUCUCUCUCUCUCGCUACUGCUAUCUGCGUCUCUAUCUCUCUCUCUCCUCUCUCUCUCUCUCUCUCUCUCUCUCCUCCUCUCCGCUCUCUCUCUCUCUCUCUCUCUCUCUCUCCUUCUCUUCUAGAGCACCCACUCAGCCCUCCCCUACUCACUAAAGAACCACCCAAAACCCAAAAUAUCCCUCUAUACCCACACCAAAUAAACACCCAAACUAUUGUCGUGGAAAAUGCUCUUAAACCUCCUCAACCAAAUACAUAGCCAACAGCACAGGGCUUGUGGCAUCCUCUUCUCAACUCUCUGCCACCACAACCUUUACCUCAUCAUCAACCACCCCUAUCGGUUAAAUGACAGCCCCCAUACAUACACACACACACUGUUCCGUGGAGUUGUUGAGACACUGAUUGUGUGUGUUAAUGGAGGGCCCUCAUCAUAACAGUGUUUAGCUGUUCACUGCCAUCUUACUGGACCAGCAGACACUAGGGGUUCAGAGGUUUCCCUGGUACUCUCUAUGAAUCACCCCUGAUUACACAUUCUCUCACUCAGCCGUCUCGCAGGGCACACGCUGCCAGUAACACCCACUGAACGCAUGACAACUAUCAGGCAUGAAAGGCAGCGCAGAUGUUGGUUUUGUAAAUAGUUUGUGAACAGGAAAGGCUUUUGUGGGGGGAGAGGCAUGCGUGAAGGCUGAAGAACUGCUGAAGUACUCUCUUUCUCUGUCCUGGCAGGUGGUUGAGUUUCUGUGCUAUGCUGUAGAACGCUUGAGGGCUACUGAAAGUAGUCUUUCUCUCUUUCUAUUUCUUUCUCUAUCUCUCUCUCCAGCUCUCAUUCUCUAACUGUUGGUAGAUACGUUUUUUUAAGGUUGCUGGCUUGGUUAUUGCCUGAAUGCUCUCUCUCUCUCUCAGGUGGUGAGUGCUCUGGAGUCCAACCCCACAGCGAAGCGUACUCAACUGCACCACAAGUUUGAGCAGGUCAUUGCUCUGGUGGAGGACAACAUCUAUGAGUGCAGCAGUGAGGCC